ACGAUUAUGUUAUGUCCUAACGUCUUGUUAUAUUUAAUUUAACAUAGGUACGUAACAUUUAGCCGUAUGCUCGACUUCUAUGUUAGUCGUUAGAAUCUUCAACCAAAUUAUCUGUAAUAAACUUUCUUAAUUUUUUCUGUACUUAUUACUUAGAUUUUAAAAAAAUUGUGAAAAUUACAUUGAUAAUAUUAUCAAUAUCAGAUAAUUAUGAUACUUACCACAGUACCCGGUGGAUUUUUCCUAUUUUCGUUGUAAAUCAAAUACGAUAAUAUUCCUAAUUAUAGUUAAAGGGUAACUAUAGUAUAUUUUUUAGUUAGGUAAGUUUUUACAUUCUUCAAAAUGGGUAUCCCAUUCUGGAAAUGUGUCACUGCACUGACCAUGUUCUUGGUUUUGAGUUUACAUAUUGUCAAUGUACACAGUUUAGCUGUUAUGAGUGUUGAUAUUGGUUCAGAAUGGAUGAAAGUAGCAAUAGUUUCACCUGGUGUACCAAUGGAAAUUGCCCUUAAUAAAGAAUCUAAAAGGAAAACACCGACUGCUGUAGCAUUUCGUAAUGGUGAACGUACAUUUGGUGAAGAUGCUCUAACGGUUGGCGUUCGAUUCCCAUCCAACUGUUUCAUUUAUUUUCUUGACUUACUAGGAAAGAAAAUAGAUAAUCCAAUUGUAGAUCUCUAUAAAAAACGUUUUCCCUAUUUCAAUAUUAUUCCUGAUCCAAAAAGAAACACUGUACUUUUCAAGCAUAGUGAAUCAAAUGAUCAAUUUUCACCUGAAGAACUUGUGGCAAUGAUGUUGGAAAAAGCAAGAGAAUUUGCACAGGAUAGUGCUGGACAAGCUAUAAAUGAAGCAGUAAUUUCUGUCCCUGGUUAUUUUGGUCAAGCUGAACGUACCGCAAUGCUAAAGGCUGCUGAAAUUGCCGGAAUUAAAGUAUUACAACUAAUUAACAGUUAUACAGCAGCUGCUUUGAAUUAUGGUAUAUUUCGUACAAAAAGUUUUAAUGAAACAUCUCCGAUGUAUAUGAUGUUUUAUGAUAUGGGAGCAUAUAGUACUCAAGUAUCAAUUGUAUCUUAUCAGUUAAUAAAAUCUAAAGAUAGAAUUGCUCCGGAACUUCAACCUCAUCUUGCUGUACUAGGAGUGGGUUAUGAACGUAAUUUGGGUGGCUUGGAAAUACAGCUACGACUGAGAGAUUACUUAGCAGCCAAAUUUAAUGAUCUAAAAUUAACACCUAAUGAUGUUACUAAAAAUUCUCGAUCAAUGGCAAAAUUAUUCAAAGAAGCUGGACGAUUAAAGAAUGUUCUAAGUGCUAAUACUGAACAUUUUGCCCAAAUAGAAGGCUUAAUUGAUGAAAAAGAUAUGCGCAUCAAAGUUACCAGAGAAGAAUUAGAAGACUUGUGUAAAGAUUUAUUUGAUAAAGUUGUACUUCCUGCUCAAAAAGCUUUAGAAGCAUCUGGAUUGACAAUUGAACUGAUUGAACAAGUUAUGUUAGCUGGUGCUGGUACUAGAGUUCCUAAAGUUCAAGACCGUUUAGUUAAAGAUUUGAAAAGUAAUCAACCUCUCGGUAGGUCCUUAAAUACUGAUGAAGCUGCUGCUUUAGGAGCUGCAUACAAAGCAGCAGAUCUUAGUAACGGAUUCAAAGUAAAAGCAUUUAUUACUAAGGAUGCUACAUUAUUCCCUAUACAAGUUACAUUCGAUAAAGAGGUAAUAGAUGAGAAUAAACCAGCAAAACAAGUUAAGCGCAUUUUAUUUGGUCACAUGAAUCCAUACCCACAACGCAAAAUAAUAACAUUUAAUAAACAUCAACAAGAUUUUGAUUUUACUGUAGGUUAUGCAGAACUUAGUCAUUUACAUGAAAAUGAAGUUAAAUGUUUAGGUUCUUUGCAACUAAGUAGUAUUAAACUAAAUGGUGUUCGAGAUGCUUAUUCUAAGUAUCAAGAUCAAGAAGGUAUAGAUACCAAAGGAAUUAAAGCUCACUUUGCAAUGGAUGAUAGUGGAUUAUUAAUUUUACAAAACGUAGAGUUAUUAAUUGAAAAAACUGUUGCUGCUGAUACAGAAGAAGAAUCUACUUUAUCAAAGAUUGGAAAUACUAUUAGCAAUUUAUUCAAAGGUCCUGAAGAAGUAUUGAAAGAAGACAAACCAGUACAUGAAACUCCUGAAGAAAGCCCUAUUCCCCAAGCAUCUAACAAUACAUCAAAUAAUACUGAUACUUAUGAUCAUACAAACAGUACUGAACAAUUAAAAUUAAAUGAUACAGUUUCAAUUUCUGAAUCCAAGAAAAAUUUAAAAGUUGUAACAGUUAAAGAAACUAUUGAUGUUAACCAUGAAUACUUAUUUGUACUUCCUGCUCAAGACGAUGACUUGCAAAGUUCAAUUAAUAAAAUAGCAGAACUUAAAGAAAUAGAUUUAGCAAAAUCGCGUAAAGAAACCUCUUUAAAUACUUUAGAAACGGCUAUUAUUGAAACACGUGAAAAAUUAGAACAGCCUGAUUAUGCUAGUUCUGCUACUGAUAUUGAAACUCAAUCAAUUUUGGACAAAUGUUCUGAAAUAUCAAAUUGGUUGGAAGAUGAUGGUUUUGGUGCUGAAGCUGAAGUUUUAGACUCUAAAUUUGAUGAUUUAAAAAAAUUAGUAUUGCCUGUUUGGGAAAGAACUUUUGAGCAUGCAGAAAGACCAUCAAGAUUGGAGGCACUAACUAGUGCAUUGAACAGUAGCAAUUCAUUUUUGAAUAAAAUUAAAAAUACCACAUUGGAUGAUACUCCUUUUACACAAGUAGAAAUAGAUACCCUUGAAAAAUUGAUUUCUGAAAUUACAACUUGGAAAGAGAAGCAAGUAGAAGAACAAGAAAAACUUCCAAAAUCUGUUGAUCCUGUGUUGACGGUUCAAACAAUUGCAAUAAAACAUUCAUCAAUUGAGCGCGAGAUGAGAUAUUUAAUGACUAAAUUUACUUCCUGGAAACCAAAAAAGAAAGAGGACCCUAAAGUGAAAGCACCAACAUCACAGACUGAUAAUGAAAAAGAUAAAAUUCUAGAAGAAGAUAAUGAUACUACAGUUAAGAAUAAUGCACAAGAAGAUGAAGUAGAAAAGCCUACUGUUGAUGAAGCAAGUAGUACUGUGGAAGAUAAUGUUGAAUCGGAAAGCCCAUUAAAAACUGAUAAUACCAAACCAAUAGUUGAACCUACCAAAACUGAAGAGAAAAAAGAUGAUACACAUUCUGAGUUAUAAUCAAAGAAACUUUGUGUCUAAAUUGUGCAAGUGAACACAGACUAUCGUGCAUUCCAGGAUCCAGUUAUUGAAGACUAAUGUUUAUUCUGUACAUUUUUUUAUUUAAUUAUUCUGGAUAAUUGCAUUUUGUUGUAUUUUUAAUUUACAUCUUUGAAAAUAAAAUAGGAUGCAUAAAAUA